AUGCAAUUCUCCACCAUCACCUUCCCACUCCUCGCCCUCUUCCUCACCAACGCCCUCGCCAUGCCCUCAAGUCCCAACACCAACACCCUCGAUUCUCGCGGCAACGAUUGUGCCACCUCCUGCUCUUGCGGCAACGUCGUUGGAUUCUGCAACAAUGGCAAAGUAGUCGGACAAACCAAUUGUCGCUGCUUCGGACAAGCUGGAGAUUGCGAUGUGGUUAUGUGUCCCGAAAUUGGUUAUAAACAAGUGCUUGUUUGCGGUCAAAAGGGUACAGGAUGUGUUUGGAUUUAA